AUGAUUAGUAGAAUCGACUGCAUGCACUGGCAAUGGAAGAAUUGCCCAACUGCCUGGCAAAGAGAUUACGGGAAUAGAAAAGUCCAUAAAGGUAUCAUCCUUGAAGCCGUUGCUGGCUUUGACAUAUGGGUUUGGUAUGCCUUCUUCGGAGUUGCCGGAUCCCAAAAUGACCUCAACGUGCUGGGUCAAUCCCCGGUCUUCAACGAUGUUUUGAGAUAUGCAAGCCCGAAUAUCACCUAUCAAAUCAACAAUACAAUGUACCAGACGGGGUAUUAA